AUAGCUUUUAACUACACACAUCAGGAACUUCUUAAAUAUUAGUUUCAUUAAUUAAAAAUAAUGGCAGACGGUCAUGAUAUGCCAUCGUGGCUGGAUGAGAAGUUCUUUGAAAAUAUGCUUCGGAAACGUGAAGCAUCAAACGAAAUAAAAAUUAUAGAUUUAUCUGUCACAACGGGGACAGCUAAAAGUGAUCAUUACGCUAGUAUUAUGUUUCGUGCUAAAGUGAAGUAUAUGAGUACGCCUCCUAAUGCCAUUACUGGAGUACAAAAAGAACAAUCGAUGAUUAUAAAAACUACGCCUAUAACUGAAGGACCCAAAAAGGAAGCAUUUACUAAAACCAAACUUUUUGAAACUGAAAUUGGCAUGUAUUCUGAAACUUUGCCUAACUUUGAAAGGAUUUUAAUGGAACACGAUGAUGCAACUAAAUUGUGUGCUGAAAUGCUUUACCACUCUCUAGAACCACAUAAAUGUGUUAUAUUUGAAGACUUAACUAUAAAUGGUUAUACUACAAUUACCAAUGGUUGGUGUAGUUUGGAGGAAGUAAAAAUGGGACUUCUUAAGCUCGCCAAAAUACAUGCCAUUAGCUACAAAUUACAUAAUGAGGGAGACGUUUCCCUCAGUUCAUACAAGUAUGGCUCAUUUAAUACAAUGGAUAUUAAUGAAUUCAAUUUAACAAAAAACUCCAUAAAACUAUUCAAAGAAGUUCUACAGCAAUAUGAAGACCUACAACUUUAUUUGCCUCAUGUUGUGAAAAUAGAGCACAGUCUUCACAAAGGAAUGUAUAAUUUGUUUGACGCCUAUUUUCGAGGAGACAAAACUGGGAUCUUUGUCUUGACCCACGGUGACUUGCAUAUGAAAAAUGCUAUGUACAAGCGCGAUCAGUUCAAUAAAAAUAAACUUGGAGAUGUUCUAUUGAUUGAUUUUCAGCUGAGUGUCUUUGGCAGUGUUGCAAUUGAUUUGUUUUUCUUUUUCGUCGCUUUUUUUAGUCCGGAUAUGCGUCUGAAUAAACGCGAUGAGUUGUUCAAUUAUUAUUUUAAAAAUUUCCGAGAAACACUUGAGCAAUUAAAUUUUAAUGGAAAAGUACCAACGUUACUAGAUUUACAUAUGGAAUUAAAAAAACAUAGACAUGCAGAGAUUUUUAUGUUCAUGACCCUAACAGUGAUGCAACAUGCUUUCAGCACAAAUGAAGACAUAGAUAGAAUAUUUGAAGAUGAAGUUUUCAGGCGAAGCAUCCAAAGAAGGCCCGAGUAUUUGCAGGAGCUACGCUCGCUUUUGCCGAUGUAUUUACAUAAAGGUUAUUUUGAGCCUUAAUGAAUAAGACUAUAUAAAGUAAUUAUUAUUUGGUUUAAGUAUUAUUAAAUAUUUACAAAAUUGUGAACAAUACAUUACAAAGUCAAGUAGUAAUAUUUAUUGUAGUUUGAAGAGUUAAUAUAUUAAAAAUAUGGGUACUCGUAGUGAGUGGGAGCUUCUAAAGUACUUCAUGUCAUCCAACUUGUUUAAUUUAAUUAAAUUUGCCAAUAUUAUUGUAUAAUAUUGCAAAAAAUCUUA